AUGGAGUGGGUAGAAACAGGUCCCGGCAAGUUUCGAAAGGAGCUUGGCGGUGUCGAGAAAGUGUAUCGCAGGAUUUCAACAGCAUUCGCCCCUCUUGGCCGCGAACACUGGCUCCUCUAUUGUGCCUGCACACUGGAGUUUCCUGAACAUACUCAGGGAAGCUCCACGGCGGUCGACGCGGUGCUGCGCGGCGCAUGGAUUGCUCUGAGACACGAGUUCCCGGCCCUUGGCGUGCUUCCCGACGGACUGACGGCCAAAACGUACCAGGUCCCAACCGCGCAGUCGAUUGAGGAAUGGGCCGACGAGACCUUUGUUCUCGCGGCGGCCGACCAGGACCCAGAUGCCGUCCUCGCCGCCUGCCCGGCUCGGGAUGUCCCCCGCAUGUACUUCUUCCCCUCGACGCAACAAGUGCUCCUGCUCAUCUCCCACUGGCGCGUCGACGGCCUGGGCGCGUGCAUGCUUAUGGACCGCUUCCUCGCCCUGGCGGCUGCCGGCGGCGACACCACCCCUCCUCCGUCCCUGUCCUCUGCUACCUCCGGUGCUUGUGGGGAGGGCGUGCCGGAUGUGCAGCGCAUUUCGCCCACGCUCGAGGACGCGCUCGGCGCGCCGCCUGACACCGGCGACGACGACCCCGACGCCGAGGCCUUCGCGCGCGACUACAUCUCCGCGCACCACCGCACCGCCGUGCAUGCGGGCGGCCUGCCCUACGCCGGCGACGCCAAGACGCCCCCUGGAGCCUCGGCGCGGUCCCAAAUCACCCUCGACCGUCCCAGCACGGCGGCGCUCGUCGCGGCGUGCAGGGCCCAGGAGGUCACCGUCACAGCUGCCGUACACGCCGCGCUGGCCGAGGCCGUGUUUGGGCUCUCGCGCGACUACGAGGGCCACGACAGCGACAAGUACGCGGCCGUGGUCUCGGUCAACCUUCGGCCGCGGCUACUGCCGCCGUACCGCCACAGCAGCACCAACAACAACGACGAAAACAACAAGAGCGCCAACGGCCGGCAGCAUGCCGUCGGGGUCUACGUCACGGGGGUGACGCCCGCCGUGGAACGCGCGCAGACGUUUGGCGAGAAGGCGCGCUCGCUGACGGCCUUCUACCGGUCCGCGGCGUGGUUCACGCCUCAGUUUGUCCGGGCGCUGCGCCCCAUCAUGCGGCUCCACGCCGCGGCGCUGUUUGACGGACCCCCGCCGGCCAAGCCGCCCAGCGCCGUGACCCUGAGCAGCCUGGGCGUCCUCGAGCCGUACCUCGGGGGCCACUACGCUACCGGAGGUGGAGGAGGAGAAGGACCCGGGCGGCAGGCGGCCCCGGCGAUCCGCGUGCGGGCGUUUCGCUUUGGCGUCACCAUCAUGACGCGCCAGAUGUUGCUGUACGUGUGGACAUUUGGACAGCAACUGACGCUGUCGGUCAAUUACAACAAGGCGUAUCACGACGACGCGGCUGCUCAGGAGCUGCUGGAGCGUGUUAAGUCCGGGCUACAGGAAGGAUUGGGUGUGCCGCUGGAGGUACAAGUAGGAGAGGCCGGUGGGAAAGGGGGUGUUGAUCUCAGCUAG